UCUAAUCAAUGAAGCCCAUAGGAUUUGAAUUGAAUAGGCGCUUGUAGCGCUAAAGCGCGUUUGGUGGACACAGGCAUUUAGGAAUGGAACUGUGGAACAUUCAUCUGACAAUGUUGACGUUGGUUUGGCCAGUUCAAAUAACGAAUAUAUUUUUCGGUAGGCGCAUGCGCAUACGCAAAUCACUGAGCUCUUCAGUGAGUAUACGGAAAUCGCUGAGCUUUUCCAGUGGGCAUACGGCGUAGACCUGCGUAUCACCUAGACUACACCACUGCUUAGCAUUUGCCUAUAUUGCCUAUGCCACGGGCCGCUCUGUGUGUGUGUGUCUGUCUGUCUCCAGUGUGUGUGUGUGUGUCCGCGUCUGUCUGUCUGUCUCCAGUGUGUGUGUCCCUCCCUCCUCCCAGAGCAGGAAGUGAAAGUGAAAGUCAGCAGCUCCAUUUAGUGCCGAGGAGAAAACGAACCUUUUCAGGACUAAAACACGAAUGAUGGAGGGAAAGAGAUCAGACUCACCAGAACCCAGCUGUGUGUCCAUGAAGAGUGACCGGUCAAUGGACGAGCCAAUUCUCUUCAGAGACAGAGACAGUCCUGCUGAUCUGAGACCACAAAAGAAGAAAUCAAACAUCAGCAGAAGGCAGCUGAAGUCCAUAUUCAAGGAGCUGGAACACAAAGUCAUCAGUGUGAUCCAGAAGGAGCUGAAGAGGUUUAAGAAGCUCCUGAGUCCAGAUUCCCCAGCAUGCUCUGAGAGGGAAGUGGAGGAUGAGGAGGAUCAGAGCAGUGUCAGAGAGGGAGUGCUGACGAUCACACUGCACUUCCUGAAGAACAUGAACCACACAGAUCUCGCUCACACACUGCGCAACAAACACGUCUCUGUGUAUCAGCAAAAGCUGAAAUCCAACCUGCGAGAGAAGUGCAAAAGAGUUAAUGAAGGAAUCUCACAGCAUGGAAGCUCAGCUCUUCUGAAUGAGAUCUACACAGAGCUCUACAUCACAGAGGGUUGGAGUGGAGACGUCAAUAAAGAACAUGAGGUGAGACAGAUUGAGACGGCGUCCAGGAGACCAGCAACACAGGAGACACCCAUCAAAUGUAAGGAUCUCUUUAAAGACACGUCCAUCAGAAGCGUGCUGACGAAAGGAGUUGCUGGAAUUGGAAAAACAGUCUCUGUGCAGAAGUUCAUUCUGGACUGGACUGAAGGAGAAGCGAAUCAGGACGUCACCUUCAUGUUCCCACUUCCCUUUAGAGAGCUGAAUCUGAUGAAGGAGAGAAAUCUCAGUCUGAUGAAUCUUCUUCAUCACUUUUUCCCAGAAAUGAAAGAAUUACUAUUAAUAGACUGUGAUAUGAACAAAGUCCUGUUGAUCUUUGAUGGUCUGGAUGAGUGUCGACUUCCUCUAAAUUUCCAGAACAAUGAGAGAUUGUGUGAUGUGACAGAGUCGGCCUCAGUGGAUGUGCUGCUGACAAACCUCAUCAAGGGGAAUCUGCUUCCCUCUGCUCUCCUCUGGAUAACCUCUCGACCAGGAGCAGCCAAUCAGAUCCCUCCUGAGUGUGUAGACCAGGUAACAGAGGUACGAGGGUUCAGUGAUCCUCAGAAAGAGGAGUACUUCAGGAAGAGGAUCAGUGAUCAGAGCCUGGCCAAUAAAAUCAUCACACACAUGAAGUCUUCAAGAAGCCUCUACAUCAUGUGCCACAUCCCAGUCUUCUGCUGGAUCUCAGCCACUGUUCUCGAGAGAAUGUUGGGUGAAGCAGAGAGUGGAGAGAUCCCCAAGACUCUGACUCAAAUGUUCACACACUUCCUGAUCUUUCAGAUCAAACACAAGGACCAAAAGUACCAUCAGAAAUGUGAGCCUGAUCCUCAGCAGACCAGAGCGAGUAUCCUGGCACUGGGAAAACUGGCUUUCCAACAGCUGGAGAAAGGAAACCUGAUCUUCUAUGAGGAAGACCUGAGAGAGUGUGGCAUUGAUGUGAGAGAAGUGUCCGUGUACUCAGGAGUGUGUACCCAAAUCUUCAGAGAGGAGUUUGGGCUUCACCUGGGGAAGGUGUUCAGCUUCAUACAUCUGAGUGUUCAGGAGUUUCUGGCUGCUUUAUACACGUUUAUCUCCUUCAUCAGCAGAAAAGUAACAGAACGACAAACCACUGAUCUGUCUGAUCUUUUCACCAAAUCAAACAUGUCUGAUUUCCUCAGGAGUGCAGUGGACAAGGCCUUACAGAGUGAGAAUGGACACCUGGACCUGUUCCUCCGCUUCCUUCUGGGUCUCUCACUGGAGUCCAAUCAGACUCUCUUACGAGACCUACUGCCCCAGACAGGAAGAAGUGCUCACAGCAAACAGGAAACAGUUGCGUACAUCAAGGAGAAGAUCAGGGAGAAUCCAUCUCCAGAGAAAUCCAUCAAUCUGUUCCACUGUCUGAAUGAACUGAAUGAUCAUUCUCUAGUGCAGGAAGUACAACGUUGCCUGAACAGUGGAGAUUUCAGGCGUCUCAGUGGAGUCAGAAUCUCUCCUGCUCAGUGGUCAGCUCUGGUGUUUGUGUUACUGAACUCAGAACAGGAGCUGGAUGAGUUUAAUUUGAGUAAAUAUGAUCCAUCAGAGGAAUGUCUUCUGAAGCUGCUGCCAGUGGUCAAAGCCUCCAGAAAAGCUGAGUGA